UUCCAUUUCUCUUCUCUUUUUGUGGUUUUGUUUUGCAUCGCAGUACGAUUUGUCGAUUUCCAUUUCCAUUUUCCAUUUCCCGUGCUUUGCGUAUCGAUAUUGUUGCGGUUGAUUGAUUUAAUUUAAUCGGUGAGUCGAAAUUAUGGUGAAUUCAAACAGUUCACUGGACUUUAUGCUUCCUGUGAAGAGAACAACAGCUGGAGCGGAGCUAGGAGUUGUUGAUUCCGAGUUGACCAAGAAACAGUGCACGAAUUUCUCGUCGUCUGCGGCGGCGGCGGCGGCGGCGGCGGCGGCGGCAUCGUCUGCGGUUGGUAUGGCAGGAGGGCAUAGUGGAAGCGAUGGCGUCAGUAACGGCAAGGCGCCGAUCGGUGGCGGUCAGCCUGCGGAGAUCGAUGAGGAUCUACACAGUCGGCAGCUCGCCGUCUACGGACGCGAGACUAUGCGCCGAUUGUUCGCUUCGAAUGUUCUCAUUUCUGGCAUGCAAGGCCUCGGCGCCGAAAUAGCAAAGAACCUUAUUCUGGCUGGUGUUAAAUCUGUUACCCUGCAUGAUGAGGGUGCUGUGGAGUUAUGGGAUUUGUCCAGCGGUUUCAUUUUUUCUGAAGAAGAUUUGGGGAAGAAUAGGGCUGUUGUGGCUGUCCCAAAAUUGCAAGAACUCAACAAUGCUGUCAUUAUUUCUACAUUAACUAGUGAGCUGACAAAAGAGCAGUUAUCUAAUUUUCAGGCUGUUGUUUUUACUGAUAUCAGCUUAGACAAAGCUAUUGAAUUUGAUGAUUAUUGUCACCAACAUCAACCCCCAAUUGCUUUCAUCAAAUCUGAAGUUCGGGGUCUUUUCGGCCAUGUAUUUUGUGACUUUGGUCCUGCGUUUACAGUUUUUGAUGUUGAUGGUGAAGAUCCCCACACAGGCAUUAUUGCCUCUAUCAGCAAUGACAACCCUCCCCUUGUAGCUUGUGUUGAUGAUGAGAGGCUGGAGUUUCAGGAUGGGGAUCUAGUUGUGUUUUCUGAAGUGAAAGGUAUGGAGGAACUGAAUGAUGGGAAGCCAAGAAAAGUAAAGCAGGCUAGGCCAUAUUCUUUCACUAUUGAAGAGGACACCACAAACUAUUCUGUGUAUGAGAGAGGUGGCAUUGUUACACAAGUGAAAGAACCCAAGGUGCUGAACUUCAAACCACUUCGACAGGCACUUAAGGAUCCUGGUGAUUUUCUCUUGAGUGACUUCUCCAAAUUCGACCGUCCACAACUCCUUCACUUGGCAUUCCAAGCAUUGGAUAAAUUCAGAGGGGAGGUGGGACGUUUCCCACUUGCUGGGUCAGAAGAAGAUGCCCAGAAGUUGAUAGCCAUUCUUUCUGAUAUUAAUAGGAACCUUUCUGAUGAUAGUGUGGAAGGAAUUGACCAAAAACUCCUUAAGACCUUUGCUUUUGGUGCUAGAGCCGUGUUAAACCCUAUGGCUGCCAUGUUUGGUGGUAUUGUUGGACAGGAAGUUGUCAAGGCUUGCUCUGGGAAGUUCCAUCCACUCUUUCAGUUUUUCUACUUCGACUCUGUUGAAUCUCUUCCGUCUGAACCAUUGGAUCCCAAUGACUUGAGGCCUUUGAAUUCCCGUUAUGAUGCUCAAAUAUCUGUGUUUGGAUCAAAGCUACAAAAGAAACUUGAGGAUGCCAAAAUUUUCAUGGUGGGGUCUGGUGCUCUUGGAUGUGAAUUUCUGAAAAAUCUUGCUCUGAUGGGAGUUUGUUGCGGUGAUGGAGGAAAGCUGACUGUUACAGACGAUGAUGUCAUUGAGAAGAGUAACCUUAGCCGGCAGUUUUUGUUCCGUGAUUGGAACAUAGGUCAGGCAAAAUCAACUUGUGCUGCUGCGGCAGCCUCUUUGAUCAAUCCCCGGCUUCAUGUUGAAGCUUUGCAAAACCGUGCUAGCCCUGAGACUGAAAAUGUCUUUGAUGACACAUUUUGGGAGAAUUUGAGUGUUGUCAUUAAUGCACUAGAUAACGUUACUGCUAGACUCUACAUUGAUCAGAGGUGUUUGUACUUCCAAAAAGCUCUCCUAGAGUCCGGCACAUUGGGUGCAAAGUGCAAUACACAAAUGGUAAUUCCUCACCUAACUGAAAACUAUGGUGCAUCAAGGGAUCCUCCUGAAAAGCAAGCGCCUAUGUGCACAGUGCACUCAUUCCCUCAUAAUAUUGAUCAUUGCUUAACAUGGGCCAGAUCAGAAUUCGAAGGCUUGCUUGAAAAAACACCUACUGAGGUUAAUGCGUAUCUAAGUAAUCCAAGUGAAUAUGUUUCUGCUAUGAAAAAUGCUGGUGAUGCACAGGCCCGAGACACACUGGAACGGGUUCUUGAAUGCCUUGACAGGGACAGAUGUGAAACAUUUCAGGACUGCAUUACCUGGGCUCGCUUGAAGUUUGAGGACUACUUUUCCAACCGGGUUAAGCAGCUAACAUACACAUUCCCUGAGGAUGCUGUAACAAGCAGUGGGGCUCCAUUUUGGUCUGCACCAAAACGAUUUCCUCGCCCGUUGGAGUUUAGUUGUGAAGAUAUGAGCCAUCUCAACUUUGUCUUGUCAGGAGCUAUAUUACGAGCAGAAACAUUUGGCAUCCCCAUUCCAGAGUGGGUGAAGUCCUCAGAAAAGUUGGCUAAUGCUAUUGAUAAAGUGAUCGUCCCAGACUUCCUUCCAAGGGAAGAUGUGAAAAUUGUGACAGAUGAGAAAGCUACUAGUCUCUCUACUGCAUCUAUCGAUGAUGCUGCUGUCAUCAAUGAGUUGAUCGCAAAGUUAGGGACAUGCCUGAAAAAUCUUCCACCAGGUUACAAGAUGAAUCCCAUUCAGUUUGAAAAGGAUGACGAUACCAACUAUCACAUGGACCUCAUAGCCGGCCUUGCCAAUAUGAGGGCUAGAAACUACAGCAUCCCGGAAGUUGACAAGCUCAAGGCCAAAUUCAUCGCAGGUAGGAUAAUCCCUGCAAUCGCAACCUCUACUGCUUUGGCCACAGGUCUCGUCUGCCUCGAGCUUUACAAAGCUCUCGACGGCCAGCACAAGGUGGAAGACUAUCGCAACACCUUUGCAAACCUUGCGCUUCCCCUUUUCUCCAUGGCCGAGCCUGUGCCGCCCAAAGUCAUUAAGCACCAGGACAUGAGCUGGACCGUUUGGGACCGUUGGAUCCUCAAAGGCAACCCAACCCUUAGAGAUCUCCUUCAGUGGCUUAAGGAUAAAGGCCUCAACGCCUACAGCAUAUCGUUCGGAAGCUGCUUGUUGUACAAUAGUAUGUUCCCUAGGCACAAGGAUCGCAUGGAUAAAAAGCUCGUGGAUUUAGUCAAAGACGUCGCCAAGUUUGAACUUCCUCCGUACCGGAACCAUUUUGAUGUGGUCGUUGCUUGUGAGGAUGACGAGGACAAUGACAUUGAUAUUCCUCAGGUUUCCGUAUACUUCAAAUAGGGAGCAGGAGCGGGAGCUUGUUCGUGUUUCACAAAGUAAUGCCCUGAUUUCCGACAACCGAAAUGAAGCUCCUCCAUCGUCUGUAAGAUGAACUUCUUGAAUCUCCCUCCCUAUAGUUUUCAUAUUUGCACCUUUCCUUUGUCAUUUGUUUUUCUUUAUUGGAUAUGAUGACAAAAAAAAAAAAAAAAAAAAGAACCCUUUUUGGGUGUAGAAGCUCAAAUUUGGAAUUUACCAAUUCCUCUUGAUGCUUUAAUAUUAUUCUAUGGUCUAACUUUUAAUUUUAUGCUCUAUAUUGAUAACUAGCUAAAUGACCAUUUUGAUUUA